CGCCCGGGAGAUAAAACUGGCUGCUCCGGCUCCGGAACCCGAGGGCCGCCCGGUCCUAGUGCCCGCUGGAUACCCGGGGCCCAGGGGUGUGGGGAGGCCGGAGGCUGCGGCCCAAGCUAACAGCGACCCCGCUCCGCACAUCUCCCCGCGGGCCACUGAUGGCCGGACGCUUCCUGGGGAAGACUUUAGCCACCGUGUCUCUCUCUGUGGCCUUGGCCUCUGUGACUCUCAAGUCCUUGGGCCGUUGCAGCAUCACGGCGUGCAGUAACUCAUUUUCAUCCUGUGGAUUUCAUCUUAACUCCAACAUGAUGUCUGGUCCUAAUGGUACCAAAGAGAAUUCGCACAACAAGGCUCGGACAUCUCCUUACCCAGGUUCAAAAGUUCAACGCAGCCAGGUUCCUAAUGAAAAGGUAGGCUGGCUUGUUGAGUGGCAAGACUAUAAUCCUGUGGAAUACACUGCAGUCUCUGUCUUGGCUGGACCUCGGUGGGCAGAUCCUCAGAUCAGUGAAAGCAGCUUUUCGCCCAAGUUUAAUGAAAAGGAUGGGCAUGUUGAGAGAAAGAGCCAGAAUGGCCUGUAUGAGAUUGAAAAUGGGAGACCUAGAAAUCCUGCAGGACGGACAGGACUGGUUGGCCGGGGGCUUUUGGGGCGAUGGGGCCCCAAUCAUGCAGCAGAUCCCAUCAUAACCAGGUGGAAGAGGGACAGAAGUGGAAAUAAAGUUACCCAUCCCAUUUCUGGGAAAAACAUCUUACAGUUUGUUGCAAUAAAAAGGAAAGACUGUGGAGAAUGGGCAAUUCCAGGGGGGAUGGUGGAUCCAGGAGAGAAGAUUAGUGCCACACUGAAAAGAGAAUUUGGUGAGGAAGCUCUCAACUCCUUACAGAAAUCUGGUGCUGAAAAGAGAGAAUUAGAGGAAAAGUUGCACAAGCUCUUCAGCCAGGAACAUCUAGUGAUAUAUAAAGGUUAUGUUGAUGAUCCUCGAAACACUGACAAUGCAUGGAUGGAGACAGAAGCUGUGAAUUACCAUGAUGAAACAGGUGAGAUAAUGGAUAACCUUACCUUAGAAGCUGGAGAUGAUGCUGGAAAAGUGAAAUGGGUGGAUAUCAGUGAUAAACUCAAGCUUUAUGCUAGUCACUCUCAAUUCAUCAAACUUGUGGCAGAGAAACGAGAUGCCCACUGGGGCGAGGACUCUGAAACUGACUGCCAUGGGUUAUAGCUCGCGACCUCCACGUAAGCCAGAUGGCAACAAAGGAACACGUACUGAAAAGAAGGCGGCCUCACAGAACUCAUAUAUAAAAAGGGCAGGGUAGAUCACUUGGAAAUUAUUUUAUUCACUUUCAAAAUGAUUUGCAUUUAGAAGGUUUUGCAUCAGAAUCAAAUUAGCAAAUAUGGUGAAACAGAACACAGAAUUUUCUGCUUUCCAGUCAAAAGAGCUAUAAAUAAUCAUAUUUUGUAUGCAUUUUAUUUAAGCAUGGCUUAAACCAAAUUUAACAACUGAUGCUCUUUGAAGAAUCAGAAUCUAAAUAAAGGUAAAUUUCUGUUCAGCCAUAA